AUGAUAUCAUCGCGGUUCACGAAGCGGAAAGAGGUUGCGUCGGAGCUGAAACACAACCGCCCGCAAUCACUGGACUACCCUUUCACCAACCAGCUUGAGGCCUGGAAGGAAGACGCACGCGUACGAUCCUCCGCCCGGCAGGGGAACAGGAACGAUUCGGAAAACGACAAAUCGGCAGUUCGCCUCAAGAGCCUCCUCCAGGGGGAAACCCUGAGCUACGGGGGCGUCAGCGACAGCGGCGACACCGACGCCGAGGGAACCCGCAAAGGCAGCCACACCCAGGAACAGCCGCCGCAGCCGGAGGUAUGGAAGGGCAGGGCUUGGAACUCGGGCACCCUCCUGGUCCGCCCCGGCGGCGAAGACAGGCCGUCGGGACGGGUGCCGCGGACGACCUACAUCUACCUCGUGGGGACCGCCGCGAGGGUGCGCGGGCUCGAGGUUGAGGUGCUCGUCGGUGAGCCCGGCGGCGGCGGCGGCGGCGGGCGGCGCACGAUCCUGUCGAGGGCCACCGGAGUGAUGCGCGCCUGCGUGCCCGAGCGGAAGGUGUACACCGUGAGGAACCUGUCGGUUGAAGGCAAAACGGCGGUGCUCUACUGGACGGCCCCCAAUGGGAACCUCGACGUUUGGUACGCGCAGCCUACGCAGGGUGCGUUGACGGACGGGAGCGAAGAGGUGAAACAGGAGAUGCUACAUGCGCUACGCCGUCCGCCCGCAAAGGCAAUCAAGAGUCGUGUGAAAACAUCAGCCCCGGCGAAGAACCAACCCAUGGUCGACAGAGCGUAUGGCAGGGAAUGACCUCAUGCUUACUUAUAGUUCAGUGGACGGAUGGUUGUGGUUGCUUUGUCUUGGCAUUCAGAAUCGUUCCACAUCUUCAUCCAGCGUCUCCAUCCAGAACUCCAUUCUUCAUCGCUUUUCAUGCGCAGACGGAAUUCCGUUGGCACAAGUCCACUCGGCUGAAGGCGCACGAAAAGGUUGGAAUUCCUAGAUCACAAUCCAGCGAACAAAUAGUUGGGAUAUGAAUAACACAAGUUGUGUUCCCUUCGUUCCAAUUUUUGAUAGGUAUAUUUAGUUUUUCAAUGAACGUACCUGCGAUGUACGAGGCGAAGUUCGGUAUGAUUUUUUUUUGCCGGUAAUUGACGGGAUGUGCUCUCUCUCGGUAGGGUACUUCUAAGACGUACCAGAUUAAGGCGAGGCAAACCUUUGGGUCUGUGGGGAUAUUGUUGGCCCGGGGUAUGGUGGUGCGUCGUGUUUUGCCGCACACUUUUCUGAGGUUUCGCAUGGGCAUCGAUUUCGCGGCUGUACUGUCGGGUCUGAAGUUGUUCUUGUGUCUUUUGGUUCGCUCGUGUUCCGUAGGAGCGACAAGUGUGUGAUCAAGGCUUUCCGUCACGGAAUGGAAACCGAACAUCGCUUGUUUGAUAUUUUUCUUCAGAGUUCCCUACAGUCUACAUGUUGUGGAUCCAAUUGAGAUGAUUAUGCUUAGAGCGCAGAAAACCGCCAUGGUACCGACGUCUUCCGCUAUCUUUGUCUCGUGAAUGAGGUUGGGUUGGAACAACGGAAGCCUCUCCACUGCUACUAUAUCCUCCGGCCAAUUCUUGAUUGAGCAGCGGAGCAGCUGCUGAAGGUGUUCAACGAGCUUGUUACUGGCUGUUGUUGUUGCCGAUGUUGUUGUACUGUUGUUCACGUUGUUGUCAGUUGCUGUUGUGAAGUUGUUGUUGUUGCUGUU